AUGAAGAGCCAACAUAUUGCCUUGCCGGGCCUCCAAGCCGCCGCCAUUGCUUUCCUCGCCGCGCGCACCACGGAGGCCAAGGUCUUCUGCGCCAAUGCGAACAACGAAGUUGUCGUCGACAUAAGUUGUGACGGCAAGCAUCCCGCCGGCUCAUUUUUCAGAUUUAGCAGCGAGCUUGAGAGUCUGCCCGUCGGCAGCAUCAUCGAUGCGAACACGGAAAAGUACGAUGCCGCUGAUGUGAUUGAUCGCCAGAACGCCCAGUUUCCGCCCGACUUAGUCUCUGGCGGGUUCGGAAAGCGGCAGUGCGACGACGGCAGCAGUAACGGCAGCUAA